AUGUGGCUCAUUAAGGUACAACGAUUGUGGCAAAAACAAUAUAUAAAGAGGACUGAUAAAAGAAAAACCAGCGUUUGUGAAGAGAAUUCCAAGGUGGAGAAGUAUCCACAGGCAAAUUGUUCUGCGAAAAUUAUUUUCGACAUAAACGCGCAAGUGAUGUUUCCUGUAAUAUCGGAAUACGAGUCGAUAACAAGAAGAAAUGUAGAACCAGAAAGAACUAACUUAUCUCAAAAAUAUCAAGUACAAAUACCGAGUACAAAACAUCUAGGAUACGUCAAUCUACCUAUGAUCGGAAGGCCUAAUUUCUUCAUGAGCAGACCGCUCGUUCGAGCAGCUGGACUUAUCAAAGGAAACACAACGACGGAAGUUAUCCACGUCAAUACAUUGUCUGAAGGAAACACAUCAGUCGUUCAACAUAGUGUCAUUGAAAUAAUUGAGGUUGGCGAUCGUCUUCACUGUCUGAAUGCAACUAUAAGCCCAUCCUGUUGGCUGAAAGUCAUCACCUUGGCGACAGAUUUCCAAAAUUACAACGUUCUACUCACGAUUAGCAAUGGCGGACUCGUAUUAAGAACAAUAAAAGACAUAACAUCUGGGGAACCAUUAUUAAUGUGGUUUGAAGAUUGUAUUUUAACUAUGUUGAACAUCCCGUUUUUGACACCAGUGAAUUGCAAUAUUCAAGGUCAGGUUUACAUAUGUCAUAAUUGUAACAGUUGUUUCGAUUAUCCGAAUCCUCUGAAACUACAUUUGGCAUUGGAUUGCAACCGAGUGGACAACAGUUACAUUUGGAUGCUUCUUGCGAACAAGAUCAUCAAUUCCCCAAGAACAGAUCUAUCUUUCAAUCAAUACGCAGGAAGAAGUUUCACAUUCGAGCCGAAACCCUUGCCCAUUUCUAAACCGGUAGCAUUACCGAUCGGCAUUCCAGCGUAUCCGGCGAUUGACGCUACCACCCGCUUAUUGAGAAAUGAUUCACCGUGCUCGUCGAAUCGAUCGUCAACUUCCUCUAAUGGUCCCUCACCGAUACCACCGUAUUCCUCGGCAAAAUCCCCGUCGGCAGAGAUCUUACCAGGCUCAUCAACUUAUAAAGAGUCCAUCGAGAAUAUAACUGACAGAAAUCGCCACUUAGCUUUAAGGUCCUACGAAGCCCUGAUGCAUCAGAACGUUAGGAAUAGCUUCAUGCCCUAUGACCGUUCCAACGUACAAACGGAAUUCAAGAUGAAGGAUCCCGCGGAAGUAGAGACACUCGCCAGCGACAUGGGCAAAUGCGGUGCCGGAUACAGAUGUAUAUUUUGUCACAAAAUAUAUUCAAGAAAGUACGGACUGCGAAUCCACAUUAGGACCCAUACUGGUUACAAGCCUUUGAAAUGCAACUACUGCCAGCAUAGAUUCGGGGAUCCCAGUAAUCUCAACAAACACGUGAGACUGCACACAACAGGUGACAGCCCUUACAAGUGCAAUGUAUGCGACAAGGUGUUGGUCAGAAGAAGGGACUUGGAAAGACACUUAAAUUCCUGGCACUCGGAAAGGAGCGACGCUAACGUUUCCAACGUCAACGAUGUAAAUUAAAAGAAUUGAGACUAGAAAUCAGAGAAUUUCGCAAAUUUUGUUAUAAUUUUUAAGCUUUAUCUCACGACGCUAAA